UCCGCUUCUUUCCUCCCUCAGUCGUUCGCGCGCGUCGUUUGUGAUAACUCGUCCGCACGUUAUCCGCUGUUUGCCGCGUAUUAUGUUUACAAUAGUGUUGUUAUUGUUUUGGUUAUUAUAAAAAAAUACACAAAUUAAGUGUUUUGUGCUGUGUGAUAAAGUGAAAUAUUGUAUUGGAGAAUCAGUUGCGUAUAAAUAAACUGUGGAUCGCGAGGAGCAGACAAGCACGGCAGGCACCGAGCUCAGCUCGGGUCAUGUGGUCAGCAGGCCAGGGUCGCAGCACGGCGUGAUGCGGCGCGCGUGCGACAGGCUUGCUUGGCCGGUGGUGGCGUGCGCGCUGCUCAUGGCAUGCGCGCGCGCCGAUGCUGCCGGCGAAUCCAAUCAUCCGACUGGAAUAUGCACAUCAAUGGACAUAAGAAACAACCCGAAGCAACUGAACAACCUGACUGGCUGCCGAGUUAUCGAAGGACAGCUCAACAUAGUGUUGAUGGAGCGCGCCACACCCAAGUUCUUCGCCAACCUGACCUUCCCGGAACUGAGAGAGGUCACCGAUUAUAUUAUGAUAUACAGGACGAAGGGCGUGCAGAAUCUCGGCGACCUUUUUCCCAACCUCACAGUGAUAAGAGGAAUGCAGCUCCACAAGGAUUAUGCACUCGUUAUAUUCGAUAAUGAGAAUCUGGAAUCCUUGGGUCUUCGUUCUUUAGCGAAGAUUGAGAAUGGCGGUGUGCGAAUACAACAGAACGACAGGCUUUGUUAUACAAACACUAUUGACUGGUCUCGGAUCACUCCGCCUGAUGCCGAAAACGUUAUUAGGAUGAACUACGACACACGACUGUGUGGGCUGUGCCCGAAUGCUCAGAGUCGAGUAGAGGACCAUCGCCAGUCGCAUUUACAGUGCCCCUCUGACGAAAAUGAUCGGUUGUUGUGUUGGGAUGACAAACACUGCCAGAAGAUUUGUCCACCGGCGUGCGGCGACCGCGGAUGCUUAGACGACGCGGCCCGUACUUGCUGCCAUAACGCGUGUCUCGGCGGUUGCAGUGGGCCCAGGCCAGAAGACUGCCAUGUCUGCCGCAAUUUCUCCUUCGGUAAUGGCCCGGAACGUAAAUGCGUGGAUAGCUGCCCUGUUGGGACGUAUCAGUUGUUCUGGCGCUGCGUGACAGAACUUGAGUGUCGCAAUGCGCCAGCGCCGCCGAUGGACGACGGAGUCCAACGCAGCUCGCCCAAGAUAAGGAAAUACAAGAUCCAUGGAAAUCGCUGCGUUUUUGUUUGUCCCAUUGGGUACAAUGAGGAAAUGGUGGGUGAGAACAACUUGACAUGUAGCAAAUGCCCCGACGGUGGUUGCAUGAAGGAGUGCCAGGGCGGUAAGAUCGACUCCAUGGCCGCCGCUGAGCAGUUCCGUGGCUGCACGCAUAUCAAGGGCAAGCUCGAGAUAGCCGUCCGCGCCUCUGGUGGCAAGACGUUGUCGGUGUUAGAAGAGUCUUUACGUGAGAUACGGGAGAUCACCGGUUCGCUGCAAGUCAUUCGUGCAUACCCUUUAGUCUCACUGAUGUUCUUGAAGAAUCUUAGGAAAAUUACCGGAGCUUUUGAAAAGGGCGCCAAAAAUAAUCAAGUGUUGCAUAUAUUCAACAACCCAAACCUCGAGUUGCUUUGGGACUGGUCUACUCACGGACCCAUUGAGAUCUCAGGAGGCUCGCUGUUCAUACAUUUGAACCCUAAGCUGUGCUACGCGAAGAUACUGCCGCUUAAAGACAUGACUAGAAAUCCGAAAUCUAACUUCACUGAAAUUGAAGUUUCUGAAGAUAACAACGGAAAUCAGGCCUCCUGUUUGCCGGAUAACUUACACCUGCGAGUCAGUCAGAUCUGUGACAAAGCAGUGGUACUAACGUGGAACAUGUAUUGCCCUGAAGAUAUUCGCAAGUUGCUCGGAUAUUCCGUGUACUAUAUCGCGGCAGAACAUAAUGUUACACUCUAUGAGCAGAGGGAUGUGUGCUCCGAUAUAUGGAAUGUGCUCGAUAUAACCAUAGACGAAGCGCGCAAUGGCACAAAAGAGGUUACGACCGGAAAUGAAAACACUAAUAUUCUAAACAAUCCUUGUUUGAAUAUGCAGCCGUCCUUCUACCCGCUAUCACAAUUGACCCCAUACACUCGAUAUGCGGCGUAUGUCAAAACUUACACUACAUUGCAAGAGAAAAAGGGUGCACAGAGCUCUAUCAUUUACUUCACUACUUUGCCAGGAAAUCCGAGUCCUCCAGUUGGAUUGUCAGUGGAGCCCCUAACGCCUCACUCGGUGUUCGUGCGCUGGGGUCCGCCGACGAUGGCCAACGGCACCAUUAUCUUGUACCAUGUCGAGAUACACGCAAAUAGCUACAAUGUACCCAAGAUUUUGGCGGGGAACACCAACUACUGUGUCAAUCCGGGCGCUCUACCAAACAUGAUCACAGCAAGAACAGAGGAAUCUCCCGAAGCUUCUGCGAAGGAAACGACAGGUGAAGUCACAAACGGCUCGUGUGCUUGCAAGGAGGAGGACAAACCCACAUCGCGGUUCAGCACCCGAGCAGAGGAAGAACGGAUGGAGACUAUCAACUUUGAGAAUGAACUGCAGAAUAAGGUGUACAGAAGGAAUGACAGGAAGAACCCGAAGAGGGUCAAGCGAUCGGUCGACGACAGCCUGAACAGCAUGCUUGUCAUACUGACUCCGAACUUCGAGCCCAAGGUUGGACUGAACUACACUAACACCACUGAUUCUGAAGGUUACGUAAAGUCGUUCUACUUCGAACUGGGGGGCAAAGUGAAUUCUCUGAAGGUGACAAACAUGCGUCACUUCUCUUGGUACACCGUGAACAUCUGGGCCUGCCGCGCCAAGCACGAGAAUGAGACCGAGCAGGCUUAUGUCAAGACCUGGUGCUCUAAGCGCGCUUUCAACACCUUCCGCACUACAGAACGAGUGAACGCUGACUUGGUGACCAAUUUGCAAGCAGAGGUGAUCGUGUCGAACAAAUCGUUGGCUGAAGUGAACGUCACGUGGAAACCGCCACAGAACCCCAACGGCUUCGUAGUGGCCUACUCCGUGCAUUACUCACGCGUCGAGGAUAACUUGGCGGGCCAGGAUGUGGGUCUUCAAAGCUGCGUAACAGCAGACGACUAUGAGAACAACGGUCACAGUUACACGCUACGCAACUUAUCGCCCGGCAACUACAGCGUGGAAGUCACGCCCAUCACCAUGGCCGGCGCCGGCAACGUCUCCGUCGUAUUCCCGCCUAUUUUUAUACCGGAGAGGACGGCCGAAGCCGCGUACGAAUGGAUCUGGGGCGUAGUGGGUGGCUGUAUGAUAAUGUUCUUAGUCCUGGGCGGAGGCAUUUGGUACGCAAGGCGUGGUCUCUUGCCGUCGGCCGAGGCUAACAAGUUGUUUGCCAGCGUGAACCCAGAGUACGUGUCUACAAUGUAUGUGCCUGAUGAAUGGGAGGUGCCUAGAGCAUCUGUCGAGUGCGUACGCGAACUGGGCCAGGGUUCAUUCGGAAUGGUUUACGAAGGAAUUGUCAAAGGCAUUGAAAAAGGAAAGGCGGAGACUAGGUGUGCCGUUAAAACUGUCAACGAGCACGCCACGGAUCGGGAGCGACAAGAGUUCCUGAACGAAGCUUCAGUGAUGAAAGCAUUCGACACGUUCCACGUGGUGCGGCUCCUAGGCGUGGUGUCGCGCGGACAGCCCACGCUGGUCAUCAUGGAGCUCAUGGAGUUCGGGGACCUCAAGACCUACCUGCGCUCCCAUCGCCCCGAUGCAGACGCAUCGCUGCCUAGAAAGGGGGGGAAUGACCCACCCUCACUGCAAAAUAUAUUGCAGAUGGCUAUUGAAAUAGCCGACGGUAUGGCUUACCUAUCGGCCAAAAAAUUCGUGCACCGCGACCUCGCGGCGCGCAACUGUAUGGUCGCCGGAGACCUGACCGUGAAGGUCGGGGACUUCGGCAUGACCAGAGACAUAUACGAGACUGACUAUUAUAGGAAAGGCACCAAAGGCUUGUUGCCGGUGCGCUGGAUGAGCCCGGAGAGCCUCAAAGAUGGGGUGUUCUCGAGCAGUAGCGACGUGUGGAGCUACGGCGUAGUGUUAUGGGAGAUGGCGACGCUCGCCAUGCAGCCGUACCAGGGCCUGUCCAACGAGCAGGUGGUGCGCUACGUGGUGGAGGGCGGCGUGAUGGAGCGGCCCGAGCACUGCCCCGACCGCCUGUACGAGCUCAUGCGCGCCUGCUGGGCCCACCGGGCCCCGCUGCGGCCCAGCUUCCUGCAGCUGGUGGCGGACCUGGUGCCCACCGCCAUGCCGCACUUCCGCGGCCGCUCCUUCUUCCACACGCCGCAGGGGCAGGAGAUGUACGCCUUGCAGCGCACCGCUAUGGAGGAGGAGCAGGAGCUGGCGGAGGUGAACGUGGGCGCGGUGGCGACGGGCUCGGGCUCCAACCUGUUCGGCGUGUCGGGGCGGCUGGCGUCGUGGGUGCGCGAGCUGUCGUCGGUGCGGUCGCGCGGCUCGGACGACGCGGCCGCCGAGCCGCUGCAGCCGCUGCACGCCGACCUCAAGCCCGCCAACGGCGUGCCGCCCUCCGCCGCCGGCUGCUAGCGUGCCGCCGCCGCCACACACCGCAUCUACCUCAGGACUCUUCGAAUCCUAGCCUAGUGUAAAUACCGUAAUAUCGUCCGACGAGCGGGGAUCGUCUCUCCACCGGAACCCGCCCCGCGUCUGCGACGUGCGGGACGGACUUCCGACUUAUCGUACUGAACUCAUAUUAGGGAGAGGCGCUGCAUCUCCACGCAUUUAUUGAUCGCGCCGGGGCCGGUGCGACGCUGGACAGUUUGUGUGAGGAGUGAGCCCUCCGCGGCGAUGCAUUUUUUUCGUCUGACGAUUCGUUUUCAUAUCAGGAAAGUAAUAUUUUUGCUGAGACGAUAUUAAGUGAGUCGAUUUGUCUCGACGUGAAUCCUAUAUAGUUUACCUCGACGUUAUUAUAUAGUUAUAAUCGGUGUCACUUGUGACAUAGCCUAUUAAUGUUAAGUUUACCGUUUAAGAUGUAAAAGCGUGUAUAGUUUUAUGUAGGCGAGAUCGUGUACAAAUUAUUUUUAUUGAGUUUUUGACAUACGUUUCUAUUGUUUCUGAGGUAAAAUUCAAUUUGUAACGGGUGUCAAAUUCGUUGAAGUUGUUAUGUUGUUGUGCCGAGUACUUUUGUUACAAUUACAACUGUACUUGCGAUAUGAAUUUGCCACUUGUCCUUAUCGAUGCAAAAUGAGCUUGCUUAUAAUACUCAACUGUUGGAUAUGCCGCUUUAUAUAUCAACUUAUUUUUUUACUUCUCUAAUGAAUUUCACAUGUUCGAUUAAAAUUUUAUUGACCACCAAAGAUUUGGAAACUAAAUGUCUAAAUUUACAUUUUUUUUAAUGCUGUUACUUAUUGCAGCUGUGUUAUCAAAGUUUGCAAACAUCAUUAGACAAUCGGAUUAUAUGCAUUUGCAUAUGCAAACAUGCGGUAUUUUUACAUAAUUAUUUAUUUAACUGUGCAUAUUUCUGGGGUUAAAUAUAUCACGCCUUUUGUACGUUGCGAUAAUAACGUGAUUCUGCCGAUAGUUAGAUGCUGUGUGUCUUACGAAAAUUCGCCUAACGGGAUGAUUGACUACAAAAUAAA